GUCAUUUAGAUAUACGUGGGCUUCGUUCCAACUUCCGAUCAACCCAUCAGUCGCAUUUGGUCGGAAACCAUGGACUGCGCCGGCAGCGGAAGCCGAACCCCAUGUUCCAGUCCGGCUACAAGACGUUGCGAUCGCUGUCAAGCCGUCGCUUAUUGCUCCAUCUCUCACCAGGUUGCACACUUGAAUGUACACAGGAAAGAGUGUCAAAGGUUAGAACAGCAAAUGAAGCAAGCUCAUGUUGUGAGUGAUUUCCCUUUUACAUUUUCUGAAGAAGCUACUGCUCAGGUGUGUGAUAAACGCAUGACAAGGUGUUCAUUCUUGAUAAAACUGGGAAUUCACCGUGUAGGAAUGUGGAUGUUUGAAUGUAGCUGUGGGGCGCCUACUACAUUGAACUGCUCAAGGCUCAUUGAAGGCUGGAACUUAUCUGGUACAUUGUGUCCUUGUAGAGAGCCAUCCACUGUAUUACCAGAGCUACUUAGUGGUUGGAAGGAAUAUUAUGAAUGGAGGUGCAUUCCGCUAUAUUCUCCUGUUGCCCUACUACUUCACUGGCCAUUGACACUGUAUUGGGCCAUUAAGCUGGCAGUUCAAGGGAACCUGAUUCCUGAAAUAAGUAAUGAGCUACGCAUACAUUAUUUAGGUCCUGAAAAAGAGCUUCAUCAGCUUGCUGCUUUCAGUGAACUGUAUGCAGUUUUUCCUGGUGUUCGAAUGUAUAUAGAUCUUGUGGGACCUGCAAUUCCAGAAGAUAGGAAUGGUGAGAGAAUUGAACUUCGUGAUUAUGCUCAUUGUACAGAGACCAACUGCCAAUGUAAUUGUUCGACCGAGAGUUUUGGCCCAACAUCAUUGUCAAGUGGAUCUUCAGCCAUUAAAUUAAAGCUUCAUGCUGGUUAUUAUCAUGAUUGUUAUAAAAAUCUCAUUAAGGGUUCUCCUCCUAAUCUAAUUAUUGCGCCAAAUGCUGGUGUCGCUGCUUACAGAAGCUGGUUACCUACCAUUGAGCUGAUAAAGGAGAACAAAGUUCCUGCAUUUUUCUCUGAUUACUGUGAAGAAGCUUGUAAUCUAGCAAUUAGUUGCAUAAGCUCAGUGACUGACGCUUCUCCUAUCGUUCCUAUCCAAUUAAAUCCUUUUAGGCAACCCCUUGCAGUAGAAGACAGUGCCCUGUUUCUUCCAUGCUACUCAAAUUGCUUCAUCUUUGGGAUUUGAAGUAGCUUUAAGAUCCUUCAAGGAUGCAAUGGUUUGACUAUAUUAAAACAUGAUAGCAGAUUGAGGAUUAUAAUUUUAGAGUCUAUUAUACUGCUAGUGCCGAACCCCAACUUGUUUGAGAUUGAGACGUAGUUGUUGAUUGUUUACACUGCUAGAUACAAGUUUAUUUGUUUUUGUUCACCUUACACUAUUCAGAUAGAUUAUACAAAAUUCUUUCUGUA